AUGCACUCUGAUUUCAGUGACCCCAACCCCCUCUUCUCUUUCACUGACCUUAGAACACAACGCAAGUAUGCUCAACAGAUUGAGAAACACAUUCAAACCCUGUUCAGGAACUUCCGUCUACGUACUAAACACAUCGCCGCUAUCCUUCUCAUCGACAACAUUCAGCAUAUUGAGCCAGGUGGUGCUCUGGCUCCCAUGCUCGGUUGCUGGUUCAAAAACCAAGGGUCUUUGAAGGGCAAACUGAACUGCAUUGACGCAUUCGUCAAACACUAUAUGCUUUACCUCAACCCCGACAAUAUUAAUGGCCCAGCCUGGGCUCACUCCGUGCCCGAGACACUGGACAUCCGACCAGACAGCACUGCAGAUGAAAAAGGCCUCGCUGCAUUCGUUCGGGCAUUGGAUUAUGACUCUCAGUUUAGAACUGAUAAUGAUCUCGAAGAUUACCCUCUGGGCGUAUACGAGGAGGUCAAGUGUCGUAAGCGCGAUGAGGACGUUUGCGUAGUGACUGGGAAUAACAACCCAAAGAUAUUCUGGUUUUUUCCUCCCACUCUUAACGACACUAAGAUACAUAACGAUAUGACAGGAAAUCUUGCGGGUUCAGGUGACUUCGUCACGGGCGUCAACCUUAGGGCGGAUCGAGAACCAGACCCUUUUUGCAACAUGCACCAGUUGGGAGGAUCUCACAAAGCAUGGAAUAUGCUAUGCAUCGACCCAGCCCUCUACAAUCCCCUCACCAGCGGACUCUGUGCCUUUAAACAUUUUGAGGAUACAACGCUCGAGAAUGGGAAUGUCGAGGUCACUUUGCAGUUUCACUGGAUGCCUCGGACAAAAGGUCGAUUCGGCAAAGCCUUUGAUAUGGAGAGCGACUGGCAAAACUUGAUGGAUGAACUUCAGGUAUCCCAAGACAAUAACUAUCCCCCGCCGUUAUCGUUCCAAGAUGAGCCAAUCACCAAGUCAGGCGAGCCGCUUCGGUCAGGACAUCUCAUCCACGUCAUCGUGCCGGAACAGGAUGUCCAGUAUCUUAAGUCUGCUGUCAAGGUACACUGGGCUUGCAGCAUGUUUACGUCCUUAUGUGGUGCCUCCGGACGCCCUUAUUUGUUGUCAGGCAAGGAAUAUGAUGAUCCGGCCAUGCAAUGUUAUCAGGACCAAGGCAGACAGGGUCAGCAAGGCGACAAAUCGUCGACUUUUGAGUUCGCGUAG